UUCUCUUGCUAACACUCGUACUCGUUGAAGCAACGUUCAGAGCAUCAAUAUGGGCGUGUGCACGCUCACGUUUGUGGUGUUGUGCAGCAUGGUUGUUUUUGUUGUCGGAGGUGAAGAAGGAUUGGCAGCCUCCUUCAUUUUCGGUGACUCGCUUGUUGACGCUGGGAACAAUAACUUUCUUCCGACGUUGGCGAGGGCCAAUUUCCGGCCGAACGGUAUUGAUUUUGAGGCCACCGCCGGUGAGCCCACUGGCCGGUAUACCAACGGAAGAACCAUUGCGGAUAUAGUUGGAGAGUUAUUGGGCCAGGCCAACUAUGCACCACCAUUUCUAUCUCCAAAUACAACUGGCAAAGCUAUACUCUAUGGAGUGAACUAUGCAUCCGGAGGUGGAGGAAUCCUGACCCAAACAGGACGAAUAUUCAUUAAUAGGCUUGGGCUAGAUGUCCAAGCUGAUUACUUCAACAUUACAAGACAUCAAAUUGAUGAUCUCAUAGGAAAAUCCAAGGCAAAAGAGUUCAUAAUGAGAAAAUCCAUAUUCUCAAUCACCAUAGGAUCAAAUGAUUUCCUCAGUAACUAUCUCCUUCCUGUUAUCUCCAUGGUUGAAAAGAUGAGUGAGACCCCAAAUGACUUUGUGGAUCAUCUCAUCAAUCACUUUGAAGGCCAACUCAAGAGGCUUUAUUCUCUUGAUGCAAGGAAAUUUGUGAUAGGGAAUGUGGGACCUAUAGGAUGCAUACCUUAUCAAAAGACAAUAAAUCAAAUUGAGGAGACAGAGUGUGCUGGCUUACCAAAUAAACUUGCACUCCAAUACAAUAGCAAGUUAAGGGACUUGCUCGUUCAACUCAAUCAAGAACUCCCCGGAGCCAAAUUUGUUCUUGCAAAUGUUUAUGAUCUAGUUAUGGAACUGAUCACUAAUCAUAAAAAAUAUGGGUUCAAAACGGCAAGUUCCGCUUGUUGCGGAAAUGGAGGGAGAUUUGCUGGUAUAAUACCGUGUGGGCCCACCUCAAGUAUAUGCGAGAACCGCUCCGAAUACGUAUUUUGGGAUCCGUAUCAUCCAAGCGAGGCUGCCAACCUCAUAAUUGCGAAGAAACUCGUUGAUGGAGAGACCAAAUACAUUUCCCCCAUGAAUAUCCGAGCACUCAAAAACCUAUGAACAAAAUGCCAUAUAUUUUUUGGAAUAUUUGUUAUGAUUGCAAAGGAAACUUCUAUGUUGUGAGAUUGAUUAAGAGCUUGAGUGUCUCCUCAAAAAAAAAUUAAGAGCUUGAGUGUACUUAAUUUUAUACAUGCGAGAGUUAACAUAAACUUCUUAGAACUUGGGUGCUCUCAGUUUGUAUUUGUGUAUUGAAGCGUGGUUUGGUCUUCAGUAUGGACUAUUCGCGACGUGAGCGUUUAGAUGGCAUCCAGUAGAGAGUUAGAAAGAAGAUAUGUAUCUGAUGUUGGAGUCAGUAUGUACUCUUAAAUAACUUCUACUCAAUCGAC